GAAAGAAGAAAAUUUUGACGUUUUCGUUGCCCAAAUUUUUAACAGAAAAAAUAAUCUAAUUUCUUACGUGUGAUUUCCAUGAUUUUCGCCAUCAAAAACUACCGAUGAAAAAAUAAUGUUAAAUUAAAAACCAUCAUCUUCAUCAUCAUAUUCCGGACAGUAAAUAUUAUAAAAUGAAAAUUAGAAGCAAACUUCUUCUGAUUGGACUGAUUCUGGGAACUUUGACGUUGGUCAAUUGUGCAGAUGAGUUACAAGGCCCACCGGAGCCGAAUACAUCCAAGGCAAGUGAAGAAAACAAAAAUGAACCACCACCACCAUCGCCAACUGAGGAAUCACCUAAACCAACUACUUCCGCUGAAUCAACUGACGAUGUUUCAGUUACGGAAGAUGCUUCUGAAUCGGCCAAAACUAUCUUCAUGUCCAAUCUGCAUUUGCCAUUGUUAAUCAAAGCAAGAAAUGAUCAACAAUACAGAUUAGCACUGGAAAAAGAAAUCGCUGAAGCGGAGAGUACAAUGGUUAAGCCGGAACCCAAGGAACUAACUGGCGAUGAGCUUAAAGCUGAAAUGAUCUACCAAGAGGCAACUGAACUUUUAAAAAAGCGCCAAGGCGACAAGGUAUUGGGGCAGCUUAAAUUAGAAAUAGCUAGCAAAAUGAAUCACGUAAAGGCAAGAUGUGAUAUAGCUUGGGCUCAUGUCUUGGGCAUUCGACCAACCGAUUUUGAAUUUGCCGCUAAAGAAUUUGAAGAGCUUUCGAAACUUGGAUUACCAGAAGCUAACAUGGGGAUGGCAUUUUUGUAUUCAGUUGGAGUAGGUGGAAAGAAUAUCAGUCAGCCUCUUGCUUUGAUGCAUUAUACUUUGGCCGCAUUAGGAGGAGAUAUUUAUGCUCAAAUGGCUCUAGGCUAUCGCUAUUCUUUCGGCAUCAAUGUACCACUGAGUUGUGAAAAAUCAUUGUCAUUCUAUAAGCGCGUUGCAAAAAUAGUUGCCUCAAAGAUCACAUUUUCAAGUGGACCAAUUGUACAUCGCGUUCGACUUUUGGAUGAAUUGGAGAAUUCAGGAAGUCAAGAAACUGAAUUAGUCGACUAUUAUCAAUUGUUGGCUGAUAAAGGCGAUGUACAAUCACAAGUGGGAUUGGGACAGUUAUACUACCAAGGUGGCAAAGCCACAGAACAAGAUUUACAAAAGGCUUUGGAAUACUUUACUCAAGCUGCAAAUGCUGGAAAUGCUAUUGGCUUUGCUUUUCUGGGUAAACUCUAUCUAGAAGGCAGUGAGUAUAUCAAAGCCGAUCAUGAAGCUGCGUUUAAGUUCUUCAAAAAAGCUGCCGAAUUGGGUGAUCCGAUUGGACAAAGUGGUUUGGGUCUGAUGUACUUACAAGGGCUAGGAGUACCUGCAGACACCACCAAAGCGUUCAACUAUUUCACACAAGCUUCGGAUCAGGGAUGGGUUGAUGGACAAUUACAACUUGGCAAUAUGUAUUUCACUGGAAACGGUGUUAAAACUGAUUACAAGCUGGCUCUUAAGUAUUUCAGUUCAGCUUCCCAAUCGGGGCAUGUGUUGGCUUAUUAUAAUCUUGGAGUAAUGCAUGCUUACGGUUUGGGAAUGUUGCGUUCCUGUCCAGCUGCUGUCGAGUUCUUCAAAAAUGUCGCUGAACGAGGACGCUGGAGUGAAAUGCUAAUGCAAGCAUACAAUGACUACAAAAAGUACGAAAUGGAUACAUCUUAUAUGAAGUAUGCUCUGCUAGCUGAGAUGGGAUACGAAGUUGGUCAAAGUAAUGCUGCCUUCCUUCUUGAUCGCAAUGAAGUCACAAUAUUCAAUGAUCGUCAUGAGGAUUUGAUUCGCGGUUUUUAUUAUUGGAAACGUGCUGCAGCUCAGGGCUAUUCUGCUGCACAAGUUAAACUUGGUGACUAUUAUUAUUAUGGUUGGGGAACGGCUGUUGAUUUUGAAUCAGCUGCUUCUUUAUACAGGAAAGCAUCAGAGCAACAUUUUAAUGCACAAGCAAUGUUCAAUCUUGGUUAUAUGCAUGAACAAGGUCUUGGAAUGAAAAAGGAUUUACAUUUGGCAAAGAGACUUUACGAUUUGGCUGCCGAAACUAAUGCCGAUGCCAAAGUUCCUGUUGCUUUAGCUUUGAUGAAAUUGCAAAUUAUUGCCAAGCUUGAAGCACUCAAAGAGUCUCCCUACAAAUUCAUCUUCUACAUGGAUGAAAAUAUAGCAGCCAACUGGGAUCUGUAUAUGAUAACGAUUUUGACGCUUCUUCUUGGUUUCAUUAUGUACACUCGUCGUCCUUAUCAAAAUCAACCACCUCCACCAAAUAACGAAGACGAACCAACGCCAGUUCCAUCCAAUAACGAAGCAGCAGCCGCACCAUCUCCUUCAGAUCAUCAGGAGAAUGAUGUAGUAAAUAGAACGAAUCAGAUAUCAUCAACAGCACAAUCAGAACCAUCAACUUCAGGUGCAUCACCUUCGUCGAGUGGUUCAGCAGCAGGUGUAAGCAACACAUCGCAAUCCUCAACCAUUCCACCAACAGCAUCGACGUCAUCAGCGUCGCCGUCAACGUCGUCGUCGUCCUCUUCUUCAACAUCAACGGCAACAAAGCCAAAUGUAUCUACAGUUAUAAGAGACAAUGAAAGACCGGAAUAGUCUAAAUGUGUGUUGCCCCAUUUCUAACCUAAUUUUUUUGAAAGAGGAAAAUCUAGUGUUUUUUUUUUUUUUUUUAGUUUUUGUAAAUAAGUAAUAUUUUUAGAAAUGAUUUUAUUUUUAUUUUAUCAUUAUUUGCAUUAAAACUAAAUGAAUACAAUCAGUUUGUAGCUCUGUACUUGUCCAUAUUCAUGCUGGGCACAAUAAUUGUGCAUUGAUUUGUA